CCCACGACCAAAAAAAGCAGCCUUUGGGCCCUUACAGCUGCAGUUUCACACCAUAUUUAAAGCUAGAUCACCAGUAGCAGCGCCCCAGAGCAGCUGCUCUGCUGCGCGUUACAAUUUCCCUCUCACGACGCCGCGGAGUGGACGAGCAUAAAUCGUCAUGUACUGCACGCCGAAAGCAGUACAAGAGCAGAUCCUGAAGCGAAAGCUGCUGACGGCGAGCGGGUGCGCGGUGACCCUAAAUAAAGAUCGCCCGGACGCCGCGACGCGCCGGCCCGCAUUCCCUGACGUGCCGGACGAUGUCCUCCUGCACCUGCUCGGCCACUGCGACGCGAGCAGCCUCCUCGCGCUGGAGACGGCGUCGCGCGCGUUACUGGAACUGCUUCGGUCGCCGGCGCGGCACAAGCAGCAAGAAUCCCUGUGGUGCGGUUGCAUAUGCGCGCGCUGGCCGCGCGAGGGGCCGGCGCUCUGCUCGCUCGGCGACCACGAGCGGCGCCUCGGGCUCCGGCCGCGCGCGCCCGCGCGACAGAUCUACAGAGCUUUCUGUACGAAGAAGGACGCAGAGGAGGAUAUCGAGAACGUAGUUGCGCCAGGCGAGGGCGCGCUCGAGGAACUGGCCUUUAUCGCUGUCGUCGGAGACUUCGCGGGAGUCGCUAGCUGGGAUGAGGAAAGCGACCCCGUCGUUGGCAACCGUGAAUUUCUUCGAUGGCAACCGCCGUCCGUUCUCCUCGGGCCGUUCGCAAAUUUGGAAGCCUAUGAGCAAGGGCAGGCGACAGUCGCGGAACUCAUGGGAGAUCGCCUAGAUCGCGUCCGCCAGGAGCUACAUGUUAUCGACCUGCGAAGCUUCCUUUGCGUCACGCUCGUGUCGCCGACCGUCCCCGAAGCUGUCCUCAUUACGGACGUAAACUGGCCGCACACCCCAUCAUAUUUGCAGGACGGAGAUGCGGUAUUUUUCACCAACUCUAGCUGCAAUUCCAUGAGUGGUUUUGGUGAGUGCGGAGCUUGUUGCUUGCUGUCACCCACGCUCGCGCUCCGACCCACUCCGGACAACUCGCGCCUUCUUUUUGUGGAUUUCUUCCCGGAAGCAAGGCCGCCUCCGAGGUGGCAAGAGCUUUUAUGGAACGUGGAAGAAAGCCGUUAUCCGCAUUUCUUCCACAAGCCGGAGGAGCUUUGCGAGUUUGUAGCGGAGAUUAUCCGGCAGACGCAUAGUCGGUGAUUACUCCUACCCCGCGAGCACGCCGUCGCCGCGUAAAAGUAGU